AUGACACAGACACCAAGCCGGCGCUGUUUGCUGAACAGUGGAGCUGAUACAGCUGCCUGUACCUCCAAGGCUACCACUGCACCAGCCGUCCUGUCUGAAGGAGCUGAAGCUGGAACCACAGAAACGGCUGACAAUGACACGAUCAAAAUCAAAGCCGAGGGUAUCCCAGCUCCAAACUCUGGUGCAGAGAGUCCAGACACCAUGGGGUACGUGCAUUACUACCUAAGCACGGCUUAUCAGCUCUUGUGUGGUGCCAUGAAGCGAGACCCAGCUGGUACCCUUCCUGCCGUGGAAAGCGUCAUCCAGCAGUCUCAGGUAAGAGGAGCAGUUAUGGUUGGUUAUUAUGGGUGAGACUAGUUCUGAAAAGACCUGUUGUUGCUGACUGGCGUUUCGUCAACCUGAGAUGAAGUCAUCGUCAGAGUCAAGUGAAUAGUGUUUGUCAGUCGAGGGUGUUGUAGGUCUGGUCCGUUAAAAGUGAAUGGUCCGUUUUAGCCGUGAUGGUAUAGGAGAAUCUUUGUUUACAAUAUUUGCCUCAUUACCAUAAGCGAUACAG